CCAUACCUUCACGACGGCAUCAUCAUGGCUGCCCCACCCAAGCCUCUGAGCGUGGAUAUCCAUACGUCGGUGAAAGAGGGAGACAUGGCGAAAGUCCUCGAGUUUUUGGAGGAAGGGGGCGAUGUCAACGUUCGUUGCAGGUAUCGGACCAUCCCUCUGCACCGGGCUGCGGCGUACAACCACCAAGACAUUGCCAGUCUGCUGCUAGAAAAGGGGGCUGAUAUUGAGGCACGAGACGGGACUGGGCAAACGCCCUUGUUUUGGGCGUGCAAAGGGGGACACGGGGAGAUGAUCACCCUCCUGCUUUCCAAGGGGGCGCACAUCAAUGCGCAAGACACGAAAGAGCGUACGCCACUGCACGAAGCGGCGCGACAUGGGCAGAAAGAAACUUGCGCGUUAUUGCUCAAGCGAGGCGCAAAACGAGAUACCAUGGACGUGGACGCGAACGAACCGGGGGAAGACUCGGAGCCAAGCGUCCCAGAGAAUGUUCGUAGUCAAAUAAGGAGUAUGAUCGAAAACUCAUGAUUUUGAUGGUUGGUUUGCAUGUCAUGGUAUAGACCAGUCGGGGGAAGGAAUUGUUUGAGCGCGUUCGAUAGAGUGCUAUUCACGAACCACUCACCGCGAUGCCAAGCACGCAACGAGGUACUGAUAAGUUUUUACUGCUAGAGAAGACUCGGAGUCGAGGCUACCCGGCAGCAACUACACGUGCCAUGUUAAAUUCGAGUCAUGUGCUGCGCUCACCGCAGCGGAGGUACAGGGUUUGGCUUGGAGGACAGGUGUAGCCUCGUUGUCUGUAGAAAUGUGUCGUGUCGAGGUGCCCUGUACCCAAGGAUCGUGUCUGCAGGCGGUUAAGGCUAUGUGCAGUUCCAGACAGUAGUCUGUGUGAUGUACAGACCGAAGUCUGUUGAGACAGUGACCGAAGUCGAUGUUGUUUCUAGAUGCCGCUUUUGGGACUUAUACUUUCUUUCUUCUUCAGCGUACUUGCAGAGGUGAGAUGUUGAGGGAUAGUUGGGGAGUGAACCCGGUGGGGCUCGCAACACCUCGUGAUCUCGCUACAAUUACAAUCCUCUGCUCAACCAUG